GGCCCCUCCAUUUCAGCUUAAUACCUAAUUAGACCCCCAAAAAAGUAAAGUGAAAGGGCUUCCACAAAAUUUUCCCUAGAGUAAGCCUCUGCUACUUCUUCCGCCAUUAACUCAUAUCUAGAAGGUUCCACUGCAAGCUCGAAAAAAGCUUGUACCUUUGUGGGUGUUUCUGUUCAUAUUAAAAUAAAAAAACCCAUCUUUUUGUUCAAUUCAGUAACUAGGGUUUUUCUAGGGUUUAACAAUCCAGUGUACUGAAAUGGUCAGCUCUAAUGCUCUUCGUAUUGCUCACCGGAUUGCUCGCUGCACUUUUUCUUCCGGAUAUUUAUUAAAGGGAGGUUGUAGGGGAUAUAAUACAGCAGUGUACAAUCAAACAAGGGGCUUGUUUUAUUUGAAUUCUAAUAAUGGGGGCAGUGAAAGGAGGGAUUGGUUAAGACCUGGAUUAUUCAAAGCCAAUUUUGGUGCCGCAAGAUCAAUUCAUGGAACAGCCACGAGUAUGAAAGAUUUUUAUGAGGUGCUUGGCGUCAAUCGGAAUGCAACUGCAUCUGAAAUCAAGAAAGCUUAUUAUGGGCUUGCAAAGCGACUGCAUCCAGAUAUGAACAAAGAUGAUCCAGAUGCUGAAAAAAAGUUUCAGGAAGUUCAAAAGGCUUAUGAGGUUCUGAAGGAUGAGAAAGCACGUGAACAAUAUGAUCAGCUUGGGCAUGAUGCAUUUAAUAGUAUGAACAAUGGUGGAGGUGGAGGUGCUGGGUUUGAUCCGUUUGGUGGCUUCAGAAGUCCAUUUGAAGACAUGUUUAGAAAUGCUGAUAUUUUUGGCAACAUAUUUAACAGAGACAUGGGUGGAGAGGAUGUCAAGGUUCCCAUUGAAAUAUCCUUCAUGGAAGCUGUUCAGGGGUGCACUAAGACUAUAACAUUCCAAACAGAUUUGCCUUGCAGUGCUUGUGGUGGAACUGGUGUGCCUCCUGGCACUAGACCUGAAACUUGUAAGCGCUGCAAAGGUUCAGGUGUGUCGAUCUCGCAAACUGGUCCUUUCACGUUGCAGACGACUUGUCCUGCAUGCAAAGGAACAGGGAAGAUCGUAUCGAGUUUCUGCAUGUCUUGCAAGGGAAAUCGGGUACUACGAGGACCAAAGACAGUGAAAGUGGAUAUCAUGCCUGGAGUAGACACUGACGAGACACUCAAGGUGUAUGGAAGUGGUGGAGCAGAUCCUGAAGGCAAUCGGCCUGGAGAUCUUUACGUUGUUAUUAAGGUCAGAGAAGACCCUGUUUUCCGGAGAGAAGGCUCUGAUAUUCAUGUAGAUGCUGUUUUGAGUAUCACCCAGGCAAUCUUGGGAGGAACAAUCCAAGUCCCAACUCUGACUGGAGAUGUUGUUGUUAAGGUUCGUGCUGGCACUCAACCUGGCCAAAAGGUUGUCCUAAAAAAGAAAGGAAUAAAAGGACGGAAUUCCUUCUCAUUUGGGGAUCAAUUUGUCCACUUCAAUGUCAGCAUUCCCACAAACUUGACACCAAGACAGCGCCAAUUGAUUGAAGAGUUUGCCAAGGAGGAGCAAGGGGAAUACGAUAAAGGGGCUGCAGCAGGAGCCUCUAGGUGAGGGCACAGUACGAGCUAGGUUAGUGGGUAUAGGGAUGAGCCAAAAGUGUGUACUAUCACGUUACAAUUCUUUUUCUCAUGAGCUGGGAAACAUAUCCAGAGCAAUUUUGGGGUUUGGUCAUUUCCAUUUUAUCGGUUUCCUUUACCUCGGGCGAGGAUUUAAUUGUUGCUUGAUGGAGGGGACUGGUUGAUUGGAAAGAUAGUUAUAGUAUCAUUAUUGUGGCAGCGAGAUAGUGUAGCAUUUGACCUGCAACUUAUGUUGUAUAUAUAAACAUGAAACAACUCACUGUUUCUGUAGGAAAUGAGAAUAAUAGCCUAGCAUGGCACUAAUUCUCUUAUCUGCA